CGACGAUGUAUAAAAGAGCGACUCUAGUAUCCUAAAGUUUAUAUUAGAUAUUUUCCAUAUUCUGACAUUAGCCAACAUUUUAUCUGCUUUUAGAUCUUUUUCUGUUACUCUUUUACUUUUCUUUGUCACCAUUAGCUGCCCAACUUUUUGCGCCUAAUUAGCAAACUCGUUUAAUCUAUUUAGUAGAACUAUCGCAUUUAUCAAUAUGAAGUACUCAAUCUCCUUCGCUGCCCUGGCCACCCUUGCGGUUGGUGCCAAUGCUGCCCCCAAAUACUAUGCCACUAGCGUUGAGGUUCCUCCAUUGCCCGCCUAUGCCUCUGUGCCUGCUCCUCCCGUUUAUGUCACUGAGUCUGCUGCCCCAGUUUAUGUUACUGUGACUGCUGCUCCCGUUUAUGUCACUGAGACUGCUGCCCCUGUCUACGUGACUGAGACCGCCGCUGCUGUCCACAUCACUGUGACUGAGACUCCUUCUCCUGUCUACACCACUGAGACUGCUCCCGCUGUCUGCACUACUGUGACUGAGACCCUGCUCCUGUCUACGUCACCAAACGUUUAUGUUACAGAGACACCUGCUCCUGUCUACGUCACUGAGACCGCUGCUCCCGUUUACGUGACUGAGACCGCUGCUGCUGUCCACAUUACUGUGACUAAGACUUCUGCUCCUGUCUACGUCACCGAGUCGGUUGCUCCUAUUUAUGUGACUGAAACUCCUGCUCCUGUCUACAUCACCAAGACGGUUGCCCCUGUCUACGUCACUGAGACUCCGCCCCUAUCCACAUUACCAGACAGUUCCUGCUGUUUACGUCACCGAGACUCCCGCUCCUGUUGCAUUACUGUGACUGCUCCUCCAGUUUACAUCACCGAGUCGGUUGCUCCUAUUUAUGUGACUGAAACUCCUGCUCCUGUCUACAUCACCAAGACGGUUGCCCCUACAGUUGCUCCCGUUUAUGUGACUGAGACCGCUGGUGCUGUCCGCAUUACUGUGACUGAGACUCCUGCUCCCGUCUAUAAAUAUUCGCACUACGGCAUGUACUAAGUCGUCAAAGUCUGUCUAAAUCGGAAAUUUAUUUUAUCAACAUUAUUUAAAUUGAAUCAAACACAUUAACAACGUCAAACAUUUUCCAAAUUUAUCGGUAUUAUAUAUUUUUUGACACAGUAACUUAGUGCAAAUAUUAUAAAAACUCAAUAAAACAGUCGUGCGUGGUAGUUGAGGCGGCUGGGCUGAAUUAGAGUGUUGCGAAAUGUGAGCGCUCGGUGAGCUCUUCUUUACCUGGGUCAAACUGGAACCACUGGCACAGCAACCACAUCCAGGGGUCCUUGAAUGUGCGG